AUGCCCGCAGACGUGAUGCUCCGUGCUUGGAGCUCCCGCGGCAUGCGGGCUCUUCAGCGGCGCGCGCUGCGCUCACUCCUUCGUCGUGGCAGCGAGAGGAGGGCCACGAGCGUGCCCUUCUUGGACUAUGCCAACAGUGCUCGCCAGGACGUGGCAGAGAUCAUGCACGAACUGGAGGGGUCUUCUGCUGAGCAGCUGCAUGCACUGUCCACCAUGGCGUUGGACGUGUGGCCUUCAGAGUCACCCCACUGGCGCUUAGCAGGCGCUGUAUUGCCAGAGAAGAUUCAAGCUCGAAGACUGCAGCAGGAGCUCUCGAGCGAUGAGGCGGUAAGCGCGGGGGCUCGGGCCAGCAUGUUGCAGGCGCUCUGCAACCUGCGGCCGCGGACGGUCCUGAGCCUCGCGGAGUCCGUCGCCGAGGGACUUGCCUGGAAGCUCUCUCUGGAGGAGCUCAGCCGCUGUUUGGCUGCGCUGGCGGCAGCUUCUUGGCAUCCUCUUCCGAAGGAAUCGAAGCUUCAGAAGUUUGCGGAGCAGGGUGUGGAGCGCACGGUCCAAGGGGCUCGGGCCUUGACUCUGGAACAGCUGGUGACUGCUCAUGCAGCAGCAUCCACCUUUGGCUUCGAAAGGCGCGCCAAGCUUCUUGCUCUUCGACAGGAUUCAAGCCUGUGCUUGUAUGGGUUUGGCCGCCAUGGCCUAAACCAGGCAGCAGGCGCUGCUUCUUCUGCUUGUGCGGAAGCAGCUCAUGAUGAAGAGGCUUAA